UUUUGUUUUGAAACGCUGUGUUUCCGCUGGGCGGAUGGAAAGUCUCUCAAGGCUUGCGACAAAAACAUGGCGACGAAAAGAGCCUUGUCCCUUUUACUGUCCGUCCUGUCAACUAUAACGUUUUUAUGGACAGAAUCAGGCGAAUGCAAUAAUGGCCGAAGUUCAGGAGAUGUAGUGGACACAGAUUUCAGUGGGUUCUCUGUACCAUUAGAGCACUCCUUUGAAGUGGAUGAUUUCCCCAGGUUUCGACUUCGUGGUGCCCUGCAGUUCAGGGGUGGGAGAGAGAACAGUGUGUAUCUCUCCCAAAACCAGCUGUCAGAGAAAGAUAGGAAUACACUGAAGGACGUUGCAGCUGUUGAUGGUCUAUACAGAAUCCGGGUCCCUAGAGUCUCUCUGCAGGCAGAUAGACAGACGGAGAGACAAUCUGAGGGUUACCUCACUGCAUUCGUUAGAGCUUGUUCAUUAGUGGAGUCCCACCUCAGUGAUGUCAUCACCCUUCACACUGAUGUCAGCGGAUAUGUUAUCGGCAUCUCUGUAGUGACAAUCCCUGGGUCAUGUCGCGGGAUAGAGGUGGAGGAUGAGGUUGAUCUUGAAGUGUUUAACACAACAGUAAGCGUUGUGGCACCAGUCACUGCACCUGCACCUGAAACUGCACCAUUCAUUGAGAGGAUGGAACAGGAAAUGGAAAAGAAAGGAAAGAACCCACAAGAGCAGAAAUCCUUCUUUGCCAAAUAUUGGUAUUUGAUUCUGGGAGGUGCAGUGUUCCUCAUGGCCACCAGUUCAGCACAGACCCCACCAGGGGGCGCCAGAGAGCAGAGCUGAUUUCCAUUUCAAUGGAUGUAUAUUGUCCCUCUUGUUCUUUUCCUGAUGAUGUCUGGAGCUCAGGAUCAGUCGGGAGGCGGAGCCGGAGGAGGGGCAGCCAGUGGUGGAGGUCGAUGAUUCCCAUGACAACAAAAACCCCUGUGUUGUACAUAAUAAUUUAAAACAGAUUUUGAAUUCAUUCACACACAACAACAGGCAUACAUUUAUGGAAGAAAAAUUAUUCUAGAGAAAUAACUUAUGACUUCAUUCUUGGAUUGCAUUUUUACUACUGAUUUAAUAAAUAAAACAUUUGAUGACCAUUAAAAUUGGUUGCCAUUGUUAUUUAAUAGAAAAUGUAACGGAGUAAAGUGAUUUUAUAAUUAUUCUACAGUACAUCAUGGCACUUCAGAAACUAAAAGGUGAUAGUUUAACCUUCAUCUAAAGCUCUGUCUAGCUCUUAGUCUUGUUUCCUGACCCAGUGCCAUUUAGUCAAGUUUGUUUUGAAUUAUGAUGAUGCUGGUAAUACCAUCCCUCUGCAUCUCACCACCAUAAAUAACGGCAUCAACCUAGGCUAAAUGAAGUCAUCUGCCAUAACAGUGACUCAUGCUAUAGAUAUAUCCCAUUCUAAACUAAUAUUACUAAUAUGUUACUAAUAUGUUACUAAUAGGGCAAAUUCCAUCACAGCUAAAUAUCUGUAUUUUGUGAACUAAUUUUAAUUUAAAGGUAUGUUCCCAAGGUCAGUAGAAGUUAUCACCAUACUGUUAGUUAGCACAUAAGAUUAUUUGCAAGAAAAUUAUUCUGGUCCCUCAAAAAUCCCCUAUGCAAUGUUACACUUACAAUGGAAGUCUAUGGGACAAGGCAUUGCAUCGGAAUGGACCCUUUUCACAGACUGAUGACUCAUGUCUGCCUUAAUUUAGCAGAUUAAAUUAAGAAAACUUUAUUUUAUUUUAAAUUAAUGUACAUUUAUAUUAAAACAGUUUUUGUUAUAUUACUCUGGCAUCAGUAAAAAAAUAGUUACCACUGCUCUGCAAUGGAGUUUCUAAUACAGCGUGACAGACAAUAUUUAUUAUCUUUCUGUCUUCUGGCUGGCGUAAUCCCUUUUUUUAUUUUGAUAAGCUGUGGAAAUGUAUAGUGGAUUCUUUCUUUUACUGUUAGAGGAAAAAUAAUGGAUUCUGUGGUGUCCCAUUCACUGCUAUAGAAGUUUACCCCACUAUAGUUUACUACUGCAUGUGAAAAGGAUCCAUAAACAUUAACCUUCCUAUUCUGUUCGCUUAUUUUUGACCAAAAUAUUUUUUUUUCUAGAUGUAAUGUUACUGAGCAGUAAAAGACUUUGUGACUCUUCCUCCAUUUGCUGUCUGAACACACAAAAUAAAUAAAUUAGACUUGAUUCGAUAAGUCUAUGUAGUCAUUAAAAAAAAAAAAAAAGACCUGACCGACCAUUGGAAAUGAAUGGAAAAGACUUUAUUUUGUCAAAUAAAAUCUAUGAAUCAGCCACAAUGCAGAACACACACAUUAAUGAGGGGGUAAAACCAUAACACACCCACAAUGCAGCACACAGAAAUAAAUGGGUGAGACUAACACAGCCAGAAGGCUGAACAAAGUCUGAGUCUUCUGUUUUAUACACUCGUUUAAUUUUCACAUUCCAUUUCUGUUUAUUACUGUUAAUUUCCUUGUCAAAACAGUAAAAAAAAAAAUCUUAACUUUCACAAAUAAUAGUUUUAUAAUGUCUAAAUAUAUAUCCAAAUGUAUGACUACACAGUUGGUGGCUGCAUAUAACACUGCAGCCAUCUACUUGCUAUUAUUGUCAAAACAUGAUUUUCAGGCAUGUUAUUUUUCUUUUUCACAAGAUGCCAGCAAUCUGCCCCCAAU